GGAAAAUCGGAAGCCGCCCUAGCAUUAAAAAUGCACUUGGCAAAAUGUGAACAAUUGAAUCCCACUAUUGUCUUUCCCAUCUGAAUUCAGAGGUACUAGCGUUUCCCCAAAUCAGCAUGUCACAUAAUACAGGUAACCUAAACAAAGUGGGUUUGUUUAUUUAGAAAUUCAACAAGAAUUAAGUAUAUUCUUAUUUACUCACAUUGUGGUGAGCCCUGUGUGAGCUGGUAAUAAUCAUGGUAAUAAUAGUAAUCAUAGUUUAUCCAUAUCCAAGGAUCAUAUAUGUAUUUGUGAUCAAUUCAGAACAAUUUACCUGGUGCUCUCACAUCUCAAGUAUAGUGUUAGGCACAGAGAUAGAGAGAUGAACGAAACACAGAUUCUGCAUUUAAAGAUGUCAGUGUCAGGUUGGAGAAAGAGACCAAAAACUGCUGAUAGUCUGCUGGGCAUAGUGACUCACGCCUGGAAUCCUAGAACUUUGGGAGGCUGAAGCCAGUGGAUCACUUGAGUUCAGGAGUUUGAGACUAGCCUGGGCAACAUAGCAAAACCCCAUCUCUAUAAAAAAUACAAAAAGUGCCUUCGCCGGCAGCCCGUCAGACUGGAAAGAUCUGCCUCUUCUCCAAGGAACUCAACCACUAGUGACAAUGACCAGCCUCCUGACCACUCCUUCUCCAAGAGAACUGGUGACCACCCCAAUUGUAUGGCCCACUGAAGCCCUGUCCCCGGAAGAUGGAGUCAGCACAGCACUCAUUGCAGUGGUCUUCCUCAUCCUGCUCUCGGUCAUGAUCUUGAUCUUCUUUUACCUUUACAAGAACAAAGGCAGCUACGUCACCUGUGAACCUACAGAAGGCGAGCCCAGUGCCGUUGUCCAGAUGGAGAGUGACUUGGUUAAGAGCAGAGAGAAGGAGGAAUAUUUCAUCUAAUGACUCUCAGGCCCCAAAGAGCUUAUUCCUGGCUCCGGCACUAACUCAUUGACUACUUAUUACAGGAAAGUUUUCUCGGAAGCCAGGGAGAAGCAUCGACUGAUGUGGGCAAAUCCAAGCUCCAGCCAGGUCGCAGUCCCAAAUGCUGACAUCACUGACUCCAGGGACCCGGGAUAUGGAGAAAGCUGCUUAUGGUGUCUUUAACCUGGCCCUCUUGUUAGAGCUGGUGCUUUGCAGCUGGCAAGAAGGUGGGGCUAUACCAGGGGGCAUCUGAAUAUGUGCCAAGUCAUCUUUCCCACAGUUUGGAGAGAAAGUAAGGAUGAUCAGCAGCUCCACUCUGUCCCCCACCUGGUCACCCAGUGAUAGCCCCAGUAGAGAUGCUCUCCAUACAGGUUCUUCCCAGAGGCUGGAUACCACAGCAAGAGGCCAGGCCAGGAGGGGUAGGAAGCUACGGAGAUCUUACCUCCUGAUAAAUGUGCUAUAUCCCCUCAUCUGAGCCUUUCCUUUCCAUGUUCCCCAGCAACGUCAUGCUUACGUGAUUUUUUAUCCAAAUUAAAAUUUUCAUUGCUACGGAAAAAAAAAAUACAAAAAGUAUCCAGGUGUGGUGGCGUCCACCUAUAGUCUCAGCUACGUGGGAGGCUGAGGUGGGAGGAUCACCCGAGCCAAGGGAGGUCGAGGCUGCAGUGCCACUGUACUUCGGCCUGGGCAACAGAGUUUCACCCUAUCUAAAAACAAAACAAAAAAAAUGCUGGCUGGGCCCACUGGCUCACGCCUGGAAUCCCAGGACUUUGGGAGGCUGAGGUAGGUGGAUCACCUGAGAUCAGGAGUUUGAGACCAGCCUUGACAACAUGGUGAAAACCCCUCUCUACUAAAAAUACUAAAAUUAGCCAGGCAUGGUGGUGGGUGCCUGUAAUCCCAGUUACUUGGGAGGCUGAGGCAGGAGAAUCGCUUGAACUGGGGAGGCAGAGGUUGUAGUGAGCCGAGAUUGUGCCAUUGCACUCCAACCUGGGCAACAAGAGUGAAAAUUUGUCUAAAAAAAUGCUUAUAAUCUUUUUUAGAAGACAAAAAGAAUAUCUGGAAUGAUUACAUGAGCAUAAGAUAAUAUUAAAAAAAGGCCUAAAGUGGUCUCUUGUCUUAGUUUCCCAAUGCUGCUGGACAUAGUGACUUGUGAACAACACGGAUUUCCUCUCUUCUGUACCGGAGGUCAAGCUUGCCACAGGUGUUCCUGGGUUUCAAUCAAGGUGUCAGCAGGGCUGUAUUCCCUUUGGGAGUCUCUAGGGAUGAUUCAGUGCUUUGCUUACCCCAAGUUCUAGAAGUUCCUGGCUCCCUUUCAUCUUCAAAGCCAGCAACAGCCACUUUCACAUAAAACCACUCUGACCUCUUUUCUGCCUCCCUCUUCCUGUUGUAGGACCCCUUGUGGUUACAUAGGACCUCCCCAGAACAUUCAGGAUAAUUUCUCUGUAUUAAGAUCAGCUGACUGAUGUUAAUUCCAUCUGCAGCCAUAGUUCCCCUUUGUCAUGUAACAUCACAUAUUCUCAGCUUCUGGGGAUUAGGACCUGGACAUCUUUGGGAGGCCGCCAUUGUGCCUGCCAUGCCUAAUUACCCCCACGAGAGCUCGGAAAUGCUUUUAAAAAACACAGGUCUGGGGAGUAUAGUCAAUAAUAACUUAAUUGUACAUUUACAAGUAACUAAAAGUAUAAUUGGAUUGUUUAUAACACAAAGGAUAAGUGCUUAAGGGGACGGAUACACCAUUUUCUACGAUGCGGUUAUCAUGCAUAGCAUGUUUAUAUCAAAGCAUGCCAUAUACCCAUAAAUAUAUAUACCUUAUGUACCCACAACAAUUAAAAACUAAAAAUUAAAAAAAACAAAGGUGUGCCCUGGUCCUGUCUAGAGCAGAUUUGGCGAUUUCUAAUAAUUGGAUCAAACCAAUAUACACAGUGCGCAGGAUCUGUAAUCAUAAGGCAGUUUGGAGCAUUGCCUGUGUUAACGCAAAGAAUAGAUUACUACAGUCGGGCUCAGUGGCUCACACCUGUAAUCACAGAACUUUUGGAAGGCUGAGGCGGUUGGAUCACCUGAGGUCAGGAGGUCAGGCCGAGGCGGGUGGAUCACCUGAGCCUGGCCAACACGGUGAAACCUCAUCUCUACUAAAAAUACAAAAAUCAGCCGGGUGCGGUGGUGCACACCUGUAAUCCCAGCUAUUUGGGAGGCUGAGGCAAGAGGAGAAUCACUUGAACCUGGGAGGUAGAGGUUGCAGUGAGCCGAGGUUGUGCCACUGCACUCCAGCCUGGGCAACAGAGCGAAACUCUGUCUCUACAACAACAACAAAAAAGAUUGGCCGGGCACGGUGGCUCACGCCUGUAAUCCCAGCACUUUGGGAGGCUGAGGCGGGUGGAUCACGAGGUCAAGAGAUUGAGACCAUCCUGGUCAACAUGGUGAAACCCCAUCUCUACUAAAAAUACAAGAAAAAAAAGAAAAUUAGCUGGGCACAGUGGCGUGUGCCUGUGAUCCCAGCUACUCAGGAGGCUGAGGCAGGAGAAUUGCCUGAACCCAGGAGGCGGAGGUUGCGGUGAGCCGAGAUUGUGUCAUUUCACUCCCGCCUGAGUAACAGGAGCGAAACUUCGUCUCAGAAAAAAAAAAAAAAAGAUUACUACAGAGCAUAAGAAAAAGUAGUAAAAAGCAGUGAAAACACUGUCUGCAUCUUAGAGUAUUUCUUGGCAUUCCACUUUCGGUUUCCUUAAAGAUUCAAGUCAGAUCUCUCUUGGCUGACCUGGCAAUGCUUAUCGCUUACCUAAGAUGUUUGAUCG